UCCAUCCUCUCUCACCCCUGUGUGAUGCGCUUUAAAAGGACGGUCGACUCGCCCCCCCUCUCCCUCCGUUUCUCCAGCCAAAAAAAUUUCUUGAGCCGAAGAAUCCUGCACAGGAAUCCGCCGCCUCCCUCCCUCCAAGCCCGAUUCUUGCAUCGCCGCGCGGCCUCUCCGCCCCCAAAGGAAGGGUAAAUGGGAUCCGAAGGACCUUCAAUCGUAACCGUCCACAUUACUGGAUUUAAGAAGUUUCAUGGAGUUGCGGAGAACCCGACUGAGAAAAUCGUGAGCAGUCUUAGAUCAUUCAUUGAAGAGAGAGGGCUGCCAAAAAAUCUUGUGCUUGGAAGCUGCGAAAUUCUCGAAACUGCAGGGCAGGGGGCACUUGGAGCACUGUACAAAGUUUUAGAAUCUGCCACUGGAGACAGAGAGAACGGGUCAUCAGCUCAGGGGCAAAUAAUAUGGGUUCACUUUGGAGUCAACAGUGGUGCAUCGCGGUUUGCUCUUGAGAACCAAGCCGUUAAUGAGGCCACCUUUCGUUGCCCUGAUGAGCUAGGGUGGAAACCUCAGAGAGUCCCUAUUGUGCCAUCUGAUGGAAGCAUCUCACGGAUAAGAGAGACUACUCUUCCGGUGAAAGAAUUAACCAAGUCACUCCGGAAGACAGGCUACGACGUGAUGCUUUCUGAUGACGCUGGGCGUUUCGUAUGCAACUAUGUGUACUACCACUCUCUCCGGUUUGCAGAGGAGCAUGGUAUCAAGUCUCUGUUUGUACAUGUGCCCCUCUUCUCGACAGUCGACGAGUUGGUCCAGAUGCAUUUCGCUAGUUCCAUCCUUGAAGCUCUGGCUUGCUUGAACUAGGAAUGGCAACUUAACGACCAGCAGUUCAACCUCAAGAUGUAAAGUUGGAAGCAGACUGAAUAAAUUUGCGUGGUGAUUGGCGCCUAUUGGUCAGAUCUUGCUCCAAAGGGUGUAUUUAAGGGGAACAGGAAAAAAAGAAAGCAUGCUUAGAGUGUACCUUCCUGUGGUAAAUUGCGGCUUGUAUGCCAUUGGUUACAUGUCCUUAACUUGCCUGAAAACUUGGUUUCCAAUAAAAUUGACAGAUCGUUGGAGAGCAGGGUUGCCUCGUGAGUUGUGAUUA